AUGUCAAAUCCACUAUUGCUCCCGGAAAUUGUGGCGUCUGUCAUCGAAAAUGUCCACCAGGUCCCAGAUCUCUUGAACUGCGCCUGUGUGAAGCGCAUGUGGAAUGUGGCAGCUCUGAAAAAGCUCUACAGGGGUUCUCUACAUGAUAUGCAGUUUUGCACACCUGACAUUGGAUCACUCAACUGCCUCUUUGUAGCAUCACGAGAGCGCUUCGCUCGACAUAUGAGCUUUAUGAAGCAUCUUCUCCUUUCUACAGACACAAUGGCAGUUGAACAAUUCGCAGGCACAGCAUCGCAAGUGGUCUUACCAGCGUCGUCGUCCCCCAAGAUGAAGGGUCAAGAUUGGUCUACCAUUUCCAAUCUCCUUUUCACACCAACCAUUGAGUACUUAGCUAUUGAUAGUUGCUACUGUGAACUGGCGAUGAACGGCGUCAGUUAUUCUCAAGGAUCGAUCAUCCCUACUGUGAGUGUUGUCUGGCCUGUGAUACCUCCCAUUUUCGAGAGGGAAUGUCUAACUCUAGGGGGUAAAGUUCUCAAACCUCAAAGCUCUCACAGUCUACAAACCAGAUGCUGGAGACCUGCUGAUGGCAUCGGCCGAGACGACCUUGCGGAAGUCCUGUUGUGCCUUCGGCAACACCAAAAUCUGGAGAUGUUGGCGCUGAUCCUCUCUCAUUGUGCUUCACCAUCGAGGUCAACAAGAGUAAAGGAGCAGGUGAACACAUGGCCGAGGUUGAAGGCAUUGUACCUCCAAGAACAGCCCCAAGAAUGGCUGGAGCUGUUGCCAACGUUGGACGAGCUUCAAAUCCUCCAGCUGCCAACAAUCAGCCCCAGGCCCCCCACUUUCAAGCAGACUGUACUUGGGAACAUGCAAAAUGCAGAAAUCUACGGGCAGUCACCCUUGGACUUCAUGAGUUUGACAAUGCAGAAGCACUCCUUAACAUCGCGCGCGGCUGCCCGCUUUGACAGAAGCUCACUCCUACGCUUCGGUGAGGGAUAUUGCCUGGGAGAAGACCAGUUUGUCCAUCUGCUGCGUGCCAUGCCUCAUCUAGAGUUCCUCGAUCUUGAUGCGAAAUUCCAGAUGGAUGGCGAAACACUUCGAGAGCUUGUCCUCCGCUGCCCGCGACUCGUCGUGCUUGACCUGCGUUACACUCAAUUGCACCUCUCUAUAGGCACAAUGAUAGGGUUGCAUCCCUUCAGACAGUUAGAGACCAUGAGGUUUGCAUGCAUAUACUUCAAGGAUCUACCACGCUUGCAAAGCGAUGCCGGCCUCACCAUUGCAACGUUAUGGCGCAGGAUAUUCCCAAGGCUGCGACACGUGGCAUGCUUUUCGGACCGGUCGCAUGCAAUGGAGGAUGAUUGGAGCGAGGAAUCAGAAGCAGAUAAUGACGGUACGAGUGAUGAUGACACGUCACUCUCGUCAAUUAGCGACUUCGUGGCCGGCCCUGACGGCCCGAGGGUUGAACAGUUUACUCUCCGGAGACUCUGGAGGGUCCUUCGUUAUGGGAAAGACUGGCUUAUUUAUACUAAGAUCAUAUAUGUGGCAGGCCAAUCUGGAGAUCAAGACGAUUGGCUGGCCUGUGGUGCCUUUGACAGCGUUCUCCAAUGCAGACGCAUACACCACGAGUACUAG